CACUACCACCUCCACCACCCGCGCUCCCACCCCACAACACUCUCCACUCACGAAUACCGAAUACUGAAACACACAAUGGCCGUUAAACCAAUUGUGGGCAUGCUCCGACGAGCCGCCGUGCUUGACAUCUCCGUUGCUCUCGGCCUCGGCACAGCGGCCGGCUACGGCUUCUGGUAUGGCUAUCACGUCCCCUCCGUGCGCCACCGUGAUGCCUUCUACCAAAAGAUUGAGGACGAGCGGGCCGCUGCUCUUGGCAGAUAAACCUCUCUCCGCUCGCCCAUCAAGAUCUCUUUUGUGCUGAGGUGGAAUGGACUUAUAGAAGCAGGAUCAUGUGAGAAAGGGGAAUUGUAUCAUAGGCGGCGAAGAAGGAGCGGAUUUUUGGGCUCCGAGCAAGCUAGAGCAGAUGAAUCAAAUCAAGUCAAUCAAAGUCAACCAAUCAACCAAGUCAACCAAGUUAAUCAAGUCAGUCAAG